UUGUCUGUGUAAAAAAAUAAUCGAAUGAAAGUGCUGGUGUUGUCGUAUUUGUAACUUUUUAACAACAAUUUAGUGCAAUUUUAGGAGAGAAUGGUGAUUAAUCCACAGGGGACAUAUUUUUAGUGAUUUUAAACGUAUUUAGUAUUCGCGAAAAUGGCAGAGGACAUUAAAACCGAGUACAUGUCCAGUCUGGCGGAUUUGACUUUCAACAGCAAGCCCCUGAUCAACGUGUUGACUAUGCUAGCCGAAGAAAACUUAUCAAACGCUAAGACUAUUGUAGAGGCUAUCGAAGAGCAACUCGCUAAGGUCAAUACAGAUGUAAAACUCCCAAUCUUAUACCUUAUCGACUGUAUAGUGAAGAAUGUAGGCGACACCUAUAAAGGGCUGUUUAGUCACAAUAUUGUGGCUACUUUCUGUAAUGUUUUUAAAGUGGUUGACGAAAAAACCAGACUGGAAAUGUUCAAGCUGCGCCAAACGUGGAACGACGUGUUUCCCCAAAUGAAACUCUACGCCAUCGAUGUGCAAAUCCGUCAAAUCGAUCCCGCUUGGCCAGUCACUGCGCAGCCCGCCAAUAGCAUCCAUUUAAACCCCAAGUUUCUAAAAAGCACAACUCCUACUACAACUAAGUCAAAGAUAUCUUCAAAUACAGCGGACACGGAAGCUUUGGCUGGUAAACAUUUAACAGCCGACAUAGACAAGGAAACGCUACUGAUGCAGGAGCAACUUCUUCAAAAACAGAAGGAGCUUUUGGAGCUGCAGAAGAAAACUUUGGAAUUGGAAAUGUUGCAGACGAAAGUCAAGUUGCAGGAGCAGAUGAAGAGUGGCGCAGCGACUCCAGUUCAUAAGAACAUCCUGCUAAAACCCGAAGUAGCGAAACAGCUGAUGCCUGAAGUAAUGACAAAAUCCAGGCCUGUAGGCAUUACUCAAAGAUUUCAUGGUGGCCAACCGAAAAUCAGUCCAGUAAAUCCGGCUCUGGCGGCGGCCGUCAGGCCCAUCCGGGAUCCCAGGCUGCUGCGCCAGCAACAGAAAGAACUGGAAAGUGUAGCACCAGUAACGCAAAAGCCUCUUGAAAAUAAUAAAGUCAUAACUAAUAAAGUACAUGUGAAUAACCCUAACUAUCCCCGUACGCAAAGUAAAAUUGACAAAAAAUCCAAAACUGUUUCCCCUAAUAAUCGUAGUAUUAAUAAAUCGUCUCCCCAAAAGUCGCGCAGUCCGCCCACAGUUAGCAAUAGUAGCAGUUCGAGUAGUCAAGAUUCGCCUACAAAAACUAAAAGCCGUUCUAGUAGCGGCAACAGUAGCAGUAAAAAUAAAAAGCGGGACAAACCGGAAUCUAAAAGAUCUCAGGACUAUGACACCAAACGCGAAAAACUUCUUUUCGACGAAGAACCUAAUUAUCCUAAUAGUGAACCUAAUUUUAAAAGUGCUAAUAAAAGUAAAAGUAGGAAUUACAUUAGGAGAAAUUUGGCUGAUAGUCCUGUGCAAGAAAUUUCAACCAAGAGUGCUGAAAGUAGGAACCCAAUUGAACCAACAGCAUCACUCGAACCAACUAGCAUCACAAAAAAAGCACCAACCAAACCGAUGGAUGUGGAUCUAAGGCCCGUCCUAAGCAAAAAGAGAACUUCGACUGAGGCUUCUGACCAACCCACCAAGAAAAGUAAAAAUUUGAAUGAGCUUUUUGGUAGUCAGGACACAGAUAUGAGACCAAUACCUAUUGCCGCCGAAAUCGUUGAAAGACCUCCAACUCCACCUCCACCGCCCAUAAUAUCUUCUGCUCCUGAACAACCUGCCCUGGAUGCGGUGUCUACCAAAAGCGACUUUGAUGCCGUCAGAGCCAAGCUAGCCAAUGCCGCCAAUAGAGAAAAAAUUUUCAACAAAUCAUUCCGCAAAGAUAAACUGCGUCUAGAAGAUAGUCCUGUAAGAGUAUCAUCUGAAGAAGAACUAGCAAUAGCAUCUGGUGAUAUGACGCCCGAGCAAAAACAACACAUUUUAAGCAGACUAUUUAAACAUAUUGAAAAAAGCAAAUUAAGAGAAGCAAAAAAGCGAGACAAUCAAGAAUCCUUAUUAGGAGACCUAUCGUUACAAACCAUCAGCGACGAUGAAUUUGAAAUUGAAGCACCUUCUCAAGAUACGCCACCGAUGCCUUUCAAUGACAAAGAUGAAAGACUAAAUCUACCUCAGAUCCUUCAGCCACAUAACAUGGAAACCAUACCUCCAGGCAUUGAUAAUAGCAAUAGCAUGCCACAGCAACAAUUUUAUCCUAGAGGUGGCAGACCGCCUUUUAGAGGUAGAGGCGAGUGGAGAGGGAAUAGAGGCAGAAUGCCAUUACCCAGACAGCCAAUUAGACCAUGGAUUCAUCAGCAACCAGGUCCUAGAUGGAGGCAUUUUGGGCCUCAACAUAGGCCAGAUUUUAUUCCAAUAGAAGAUGAAUCUUCAAAAAGUCCUGGGCAAGAUGAUCCUCAAGUACAACUUCAAGAGGACAUUAAAACUUUGGUCAUCGAUGGGAUGCCAAAAGAUAUAAGGAUUUAUAAUGAAACUGCUGUGAUUUUCAUAAGUAAUGACGAUCCUCGCGAGAUCUCAUUUCAAAACGGCUCGCGGAGUGUUUGUUUUAAUAACAAAGAAUCAUAUGUGCUGAAUUUUGGAGAGAAUUACAAAGAAUGUUUGGUGAAUAAUUUUACUUUCCGCGUCAAACUCGGGGUUCCCAGUCGCGAAAUUUUCAUUAACGAUAUCGGUUUCGAGUGCUUUUUUGGAGGCCCUCAAAUACACAUAACAGUGAACGGCAUUAAUUUGAGCGUGAGCUUAGAAGGCCCCCCGCCGCCAGUGACAAUAGGCGAAACUAAACGCACCGAUUUAGUUUUGGCCAAAAUAGAUGCGCUAAUAGACGCUCAAAUAAUACUACCCAUUUUCUUGGACUCUAAACUUCAAAAGUUUGUGCUCGGCGGCAGGCCGUGUACCUUAAAAUUUGUAGAUGCAUUGAAAAAAGUUUUAAUAAAUGAUGUUCCACACAAUGUCGAAUUUGGUGCUUUGCCUAAACCUUUUAUUAUCCACGGUAAAAAACACUUUAUCAGAUUUUCAGUAUUGCCGAAGGGCUUCAAGCCCGGCUUCGUGAAAAUUAAGGAUAUGGAAGGCGAGGCGGGCGUUAGUCCUGUUCGAGAAGAGGAGGCUAGUCAAGACGGGCCGUUACACGGAGAGCCCCUGAGACCCGAGACCAAGAAGUUACAGUUUAUCGGACCGAUGUCGCCCGAUAAUAGGAGUAAUUCGCCCAGUGAUUUCCUUAACAAUGUUUUACCCGGACUGAACAACUUUGAACUGUCAAACGUCUUUUCGCAAUCGCAAAAACCGGUUGCCACUACCACUGGAAGCUAUCAGGUGCAACUACCAGGGACAUCUACAACCACUGACUCAUCCAGUUCUCAAAAUUCUGCAGCUCCUGCUCUCAAUAUUAACGACCUGUUUCAAAAACUGGUUGCUUCUGGUUUUGUCAAAACUCAAGAACCUACUACAACUACAACAGUUCCUACUAGUACUGUUAGCAAUGGAAAAGUUGUGGCCAAUAAGAAUCCGAUCCCGGAACCUCCCAAACAGCAAAGACGUACCUUAUCAGAAAUUCUAAAGCCAGUGACUUUCGCUCAACCAAAAACCCUAAAGAUGCGUCAAGGGGCCCUUUACAGUGCUUUAUACACCGGAAUGCAAUGUUCGAGUUGCGGCAUGCGAUUCCCGCCUGAAGCCAGCACCUGGUAUAGUCAACAUUUGGACUGGCACUUUAGGCAAAAUCGUAAAGGAAAGAAAAACGCCAGAGUAGCUAAUAGUAGAAAGUGGUACUAUUCGCUGGCCGAUUGGAAAAACUACGAAGAAUUAGAGGAUAUCGAAGAAAGAGAAAAGAAUUAUUUCGAUCAGCAACAGCAGCAAGCUGAAGUUGCAGAGGAAGCCGAAGAAGAACAAGAAAUUCCAACGGUGCAAGCUGAUCCUGCUACAACAGACGAACGAUGCCAUGUGUGUAGGGAUACGUUUGAGCAAUUUUUCAAUGAAGAAAAAGAAGAGUGGCAUUUGAGGAACGCUAUUAAAAUUGACGACAAAACUUACCAUCCUGUAUGCUACGAGGAUUAUAACCAAACAAUACUGAAUGAAAGUAAACCCAAGGAAGAAAGUAGCCUAAUACCUGGAUUGGAAAUUAUUGUAGAUGAUGACGAUGAUGAAGAUAAAAAAUCGGCUGAUGAAAUUGUUUCAUUAAUCGAUGACGAUGAAGAAAUUGAAUUGCCCGAAGAAGCACCAAGUCCUGCUCAAGAUGAAGAUUUACCUGAGGAGGAAGAUGAUGGUGAGGACGAUGACGUGAUCCUCAACGAAGUUGCACCAAUAAAAAUUGUUGUUGAAGAUGACGAUGAUGAACCAAUGGACGCGCAGAACGCUGAAAAAAGCCAGCCAAUACCGGUCAAGAAGGAAAAGAAGGCCGUUUUUGAUGAUGGAUUCGUGGACGUUGGUGAAAUUUUGACUUUGAAGGACCACGGGCUAGUGAAGAUUAAAAGUGAACCUAUUGAUGACGAAAAACGUUCAGAAAACUCGACUACCACCCAAACUCCAUCUGAAUCGCAUGAAGACUCAGAAGUAAUUUUAACCACAGAAGAACCAACAGUAACAUCACAUCCACAACUCGUGACUUCCAUGGAUGGAAACAUGGAAUUAGUGUCUACAGCAGUGUCGGCGAUAACGUCGAACGCUCCCAAAAUAAAGAUAAACAUUUCCAAGCCAUUGCCUGUGAUAGCACCAAAUGAAAAAAAUAAUAGUGAAUCUAGUGAUAAUAGUGAUACGGUUAAGUCUAGUAGCGAACUGCCCAUAGAAGACCUGGAAAUUGUUAGGUAUAAGCCGGGGUUACAGAAUGUGCCCCUCAAAAAGCUACCUCGGGUACAAAAGGGUAGCGAAUUAACAGGGAUGUGUUCGAUAAUGUAAAAUUUGUACCUUUAUAGUUAAUUGUAUAUACUUAUUUGGUUUUAUUUAUUCCAAACAGGCUUUUUUUUAAAACAUUUACUGUUGUUACAAGUUGUUGAGAAUAAAACAUUUUUACUAGGUUUGUUUUUAUUUGGGCACUUUUUUUUUUGGGGUGGCAGAGGCUGAUUGGCGGUCAUUUGGAUUUUAUUAAGUUUUGUGUGAUUUUGUAAAUUUUAACUAUGUAUAAUAAAAAUAUUAUUGACUAGGGAUUCAUUUAGUGGAACAAUGAGUAAGUUUUUAUUAUCAUUGGGUUAUGGCUAAUAAACUUAUCUAAGCUUAA